AUAUACAUUCCAGCCUCACUGAAUCACUGCUGGUGGGAAGGAAAGCUCCACACGCACAGGCCAGCAAAGACUGGCGCACACUGCUGAAAGAGAGUAGAGGAGAUUGGCAGAGGGAAAGUGGCCAUGGACCUGAUCCCAAGCUUUUCCAUAGAAACCUGGCUUCUUCUGGCUACCAGCCUGGUGCUCCUCUAUCUAUAUGGGACCCACAACCAUGGACUUUUUAAGAAGCUGGGAAUUCCUGGGCCAAAACCUCUGCCUUUUUUGGGAACUGCUCUGGGGUACCGUCAGGGUUUUUGUGAAUUUGAUGAGAAAUGUUUUAGAACGUAUGGAAGAAUGUGGGGGUUUUAUGAUGGGCGACAGCCAGUGUUGGCGAUCACAGAUCCGGACAUGAUCAAAACAGUACUAGUGAAAGAAUGCUAUUCUGUCUUCACAAACCGGCGGUCUUUUGGUCCAGUGGGAUUUAUGAAAAGUGCCAUCUCUCUGUCUGAAGAUGAACAAUGGAAGAGAAUACGAACAGUGCUGUCUCCAACCUUCACCAGUGGAAAACUCAAGGAGAUGUUCCCCAUCGUUGGCCAGUAUGGAGAUGUGUUGGUGAGGAACCUGAGGAAGGAGGCAGAGAAAGGCAAGCCCGUCAACUUGAAAGACAUCUUGGGGGCCUACAGCAUGGAUGUGAUUACUAGCACAUCGUUUGGAGUGAACAUUGAUUCCCUCAACAACCCACGAGAUCCCUUUGUGGAAAAUACCAAGAAGCUCUUAAAAUUUUCAUUUCUGGAUCCAUUUUUCUUCUCAUUAUUACUCUUCCCAUUCCUUACCCCAAUUUUUGAACUAUUAAAUAUCUGGCUGUUUCCAAAAAGUGUCAUUAAUUUUUUCACAAAAUCUGUAAAAAGGAUGAAGGAAAGUCGCCUCAAAGAUAAACAAAAGCACCGAGUGGAUUUGCUUCAGCUGAUGAUUAACUCCCAGAAUUCCAAAGAAACGGACACCCAUAAAGCUCUGUCUGAUCUGGAGCUUGUGGCCCAAUCUGUUAUCUUUAUUUUUGCUGGCUAUGAGCCCACCAGCACUUCUCUUUCCUUCCUUGUGUAUGAAUUGGCCACUCAUCCUGAUGUCCAGCAGAAACUGCAGGAGGAGAUUGAUGCAACUUUCCCUAACAAGGCAUCUCCCACUUAUGAUGCUCUUGUACAGAUGGAGUAUCUUGACAUGGUGUUGAAUGAAACCCUCAGAUUAUACCCAAUCGCUGGUAGACUUGAGAGGGUCUGUAAGAGAGAUGUGGAAAUCAGUGGUGUGUUCAUUCCCAAAGGGACAGUGGUGAUGGUGCCAACCUUUACUCUUCACCGGGACCUGGAUCUCUGGCCAGAGCCUGAGGAGUUCCAUCCUGAAAGGUUCAGCAAGAAGAACAAGGACAGCAUAAAUCCUUAUAUAUACCUGCCUUUUGGAACUGGACCCCGAAACUGCAUUGGCAUGAGGUUUGCGGUCAUGAACAUGAAACUUGCCCUUGUCACACUCCUUCAGAACUUCUCCUUCAAACCUUGUGAAGAAACACAGAUCCCCCUGAAAUUAAAUGCUCAAGGUAUUAUUCAACCAGAAAAACCCAUUGUUCUCAAGGUUGAGCUGAGAGAUGCGAGUGUGAGUAGAGCCUGACUUUCCCUAAGAACUUCCCCUUUGUUCUUCAAGAACCUGUAUCCCAGAACACCAGAGACUUCAAUUUACUUUGUGAGUACAACCCAGAAAUGAAGAUGGGCUUCACAUACUGCUUGUGAUGGAUGAUGAGGGAUUCCAAGCUUUCCUGGUAUCUGCAUGGAGCAUUAUAUGUUGUGGAAUGUGAGGAAGGUGACUAAUAAGUGCCAGACACGUAGACUCAGCCUAUCCGGUCCCAAUUAGUACCAUCUAUUCCCCUGAGAACUGAUCGAUAAUAAAAAUUUCUCACCAGUUAUAUUAAAAAACUUUAAUGAAACAAUAA